UGAGUGACAGACGGAGUCCGAGUGAGGGAGCAGGGACGGGAGCUAGCGCGGCCGGUGCUCGCUCUCCCCACACGCUAGCCUGUGUUAUGAGGCGGCCCUGAGAGUCGCGGCGGGGAGCCCAGCCCAGCAGGAGUCCGGCGCGGCCCGGGGGGACUGGGUCUCGCUUCAUCCCCCCCCCGGCCAAACCGAUGACUACGGCAAACUGCGGCGCCACUGACGAGUUCGACUUCAGGCUGAUCUUCGGGGAGGACGGGCAGCCGGGCCCGGGGCCGCCGCUGGGGCCUGCAGAUCUUGAACCAGAUGAUUGUGCAUCCAUAUACAUCUUUAAUGUAGACCAACCAUCAUCUUCUGUAAAUCAGCCAAUUUGUAUCCCUCACCAUGGAUUGCAGUCACACUCCUCUCCUCUGUCUCCACCAACCAGACUGCAGGGUCAUAAAAACUAUGAAGGAACUUGUGAGGUACCAGAAUCCAAAUACAGUCCACUAGGUGGACACAAACCCUUUGAGUGCCCUAGUAUUCAAAUUACAUCUAUCUCUCCUAACUGUCAUCAAGGGAUUGAAGCUAGUGAGGAUGAAUUGCACACAAAUGGCCCAGAAAAUGAAUAUAUGGAAAGGCCUUCAAGGGACCACCUGUAUCUUCCUCUUGAGCCAUCAUACAGGGAAUCAUCCCUUAGCCCAAGCCCUGCCAGCAGCAUUUCCUCCCGGAGCUGGUUCUCAGAUGCUUCCUCGUGCGAGUCUAUAUCUCAUGUUUAUGAUGAUGUAGACUCAGAGCUGAAUGAAGCUGCUGCUCGAUUUACCCUCGGAUCUCCUUUGGCAUCUCCUGGUGGUUCUCCAAGGAGUCCAGGGGAUGAACCUUGGCAGCAGCCUUAUGGAUUUGGGCAUGCCCUGUCUCCUAGACAGUCUCCUUGUCAUUCUCCUAGAACUAGUAUUACAGAUGAAAAUUGGCUAAACCCUAGACCAACAUCAAGGCCCUCAUCGAGACCUACAUCCCCCUGUGGGAAGCGACGACACUCCAGUGCAGAGAUUUGUUAUGCCGGCUCUCUCUCUCCUCACCAUUCUCCAACUCCAUCACCUGGCCACUCUCCCAGGGGAAGCAUAACAGAAGACACAUGGUUAAACACUUCUCUCCAUAGUGUACAAGGUCUUAGUCCUGGCCUUUCACCAUUUCAGUGUUGUACAGAGACUGACAUCCCUCUUAAAACAAGAAAGACCUCUGAGGAUCAAACUGCUACCCUAUCAGGAAAAAUAGAUUUCUGUUCUGAAGAACAGGGUAAUCUAUCACCAUCCCUUGAAACUGCAAUAGAUGAUUGCUCUGGAUCUCAACAUGCAUUGAAAAAGGAUUUGCCUGGUGACCAAUUUCUUUCUGUUCCUUCACCCUUUACUUGGAACAAACCAAAGCCUGGCCAUACUCCUAUAUUUCGCACAUCUUCAUUACCACCUCUAGACUGGCCUUUACCAACUCAUUAUGGACAAUGUGAACUGAAAAUAGACGUACAGCCUAAAACUCACCAUAGAGCUCAUUAUGAAACAGAAGGCAGUAGGGGAGCAGUAAAAGCAUCUACUGGAGCACACCCGGUAGUGAAGCUCAUAGGCUACAGUGAGAAGCCAGUAAACCUACAGAUGUUCAUUGGAACAGCAGAUGAUCGCUACUUACGACCUCAUGCUUUCUACCAGGUGCACCGAAUCACUGGGAAAACAGUUGCUACUGCUAGCCAAGAGAUAAUAAUUGCCAGCACAAAAGUACUGGAAAUUCCACUUCUUCCCGAAAAUAAUAUGUCUGCCAGUAUUGAUUGUGCAGGUAUUUUGAAACUCCGCAAUUCAGAUAUAGAGCUCCGUAAAGGAGAGACAGAUAUUGGAAGAAAGAAUACCAGAGUGCGACUUGUGUUCCGUGUUCAUAUCCCACAGCCUAGUGGAAAAGUGUUGUCUCUACAGAUCGCUUCCAUACCUGUUGAAUGCUCUCAGCGAUCUGCUCAAGAACUUCCUCAGAUAGAAAAAUACAGCAUCAACAGUUGUUCCGUAAAUGGAGGCCAUGAAAUGGUUAUGACUGGAUCUAAUUUUCUUCCAGAAUCAAAAAUUAUAUUUCUUGAAAAAGGACAAGAUGGACGACCUCAGUGGGAAGUAGAAGGGAAAAUAAUUAGGGAAAAGUGUCAAGGGGCUAACAUUGUUCUUGAAGUUCCUCCGUACCAUAACAAAACGAUUACAGCUGCAGUCCAGGUGCAGUUUUAUCUUUGCAAUGGGAAGAGGAAAAAAAGCCAGUCUCAACGUUUUACUUAUACACCAGUUUUAAUGAAACAAGAGCACAGAGAUGAAAUGGAUUUGACUGCUGUUCCAUCUUUGUCCCUGCCUCAUACUGGCAGCGUUCAGGGCCUGCACUCCAUCCGAACUCGGCUGUCUUCAGCAGAUCCAGGGCACCCGCACGAUAGUUUACUGUCUACAUCACCCAGGAGCCUCGUGUGCCCAGUUCAGCAACCGUAUACAUCCAUGGUGACAUCAGCAGUAUCCCAUCUGUCUCACAUACAAGGUAGAAACAUCAGUCCAGGUGAUGAGUGUCAUGUUUUGCCUGCUGUGGUUCACCAGUCUUUCCAAGUAACAUCAACACCUCCUGUGAGGCCUUCCUACCAGCCUAUGCAAUCUAAUGUUAUGUACAAUGGGCAACCUGGUCUUCCCAUGAACUCUGCCUCCAGCCAAGGAUUUGACACUAUUUCAUUUCAACAAGAUGCAGCUGUACCUCAUUUGAUAAAUCUUAGCUGCCCACCUCUGCCACCAAUGCAGUACCAUUCUUCAAAUCCUGGCUCAGUGACAACUUCAUGUACAGUAGGGCAUCCUUUGGCACAUCCAGCUCAUUCAGGACAAUCAUCACCUCAUCUGCAGUCAAUGGGAUACCACUGUCCAAAUACUGGGCAGGGUUCUCUCUCUUCUGCAAUGAAUCAACCCCUUGGGCAACCUUCCCCUCAGUUGCAGCAAGUCACAUACCAUUCUGCAAACCCAGGGUCUGCUUCAUCACCAUCCCCAACAGCUUCCCAUCCUUUGGUCCAUUCGCCACUGUCCGGGCCAGCUUCUCCUCAGCUACAACCUAUGCCAUACCAGUCUCCUAGCUCAGGACCUGCCUCAUCCCCUCCCCCAACAGCUAUAAGUCACUCGGGACAACACUCCCCUCAAGAACAUAGUCCUGGAUUGGGAGGUCUUCAUGCAGCUUCAUCUUUAGUACAUCACAGUGUAUGUGAAUCAUCUCCAUUUUCAUCAGACGGGGUAGCUGUUAACAUUAAACCAGAACCUGAAGAUCAAGAAUUGAAUUUUCAAACAAUUGGAUUGCAAGACAUCACACUAGAUGAUGACAAUUUUAUCUCUGACCUGGAAUACCAGCCAUCAGGUUCAGCAGAGAAAUGGACUCAACAUUCAGCAUUCAUGUCCAACUCCUGUGUGGAAAAUCUAGAGGUGAAUGAAAUCAUAGGAAGAGAUAUGUCACAGAUCUCAGUGUCACAUGGAGCAACAGUGGCUGGCCAAUCUCCAAAUACAUGCCCUGGAUCUCUGGAGACAGGAAUAUCUGAUGGAGUCUAAAAGCAGCUAAGCGUCCAUGAAAUCUUUCAAGUUUUCUCUGAAUAUUUCUUCUUCAUCCCCUUCUUUUACACUCACUGUGCUUCCAACUCUUGUGGCCUUUUAUAAACUGGAACAAUGGAUCCUUGCAUAGCCCUUUUAGUGGGUUACAUUUGCUGUAGACAGAGUAUUUCUAAUUCUAGUUUCUCGAGUGCUGUAAAAAAUGACUGAGUAAAUGGACACCAAGAAGCAAGACAAGAUAUUUUAACCGUUUUAAAAAUUACAAAUGAGCUUUGCUGUUUUACAUUUAAAUAGAAUACUUUUAUAUAUUGUAAGUGCUUAAAAUGUGUGGAGAUGUUAGUUUUGCUCUUCUAAUAAUAUUCACAGUACUGAAUGUGGAGAAAAAUUUAAUACACCUCUUCAGUGUGCUGCUUUCCCUUAGAAGAAGUAGUAGAAUUGUAAUUGACAGUUUUGUACACCUUUGGUCAUUCUGAACAGCCUUUAAGCUUAUAUUGUUUGAAAGAUAACUUUUUAUAAUGAAAUCUUCCAGAGGCAAAAAAACAAACAAACCUGUCAUCUUAAGCCAAUGCCUUGGAAGCCAUUGUGUAUAAAAAUACUUUAGUGUUUUCUUUCUUUGAUUCAUAGGAAGCCAAGCCAAAUGUAGAUCUGCACUUCUUUAUAAACUGAAAAUGUUAUUUGAUAGGCUGCAAAGAGACCAUUCCAUCAUGGAAGUGUUGGGAUAGAAAUGACAUUCCAAAAUUUAACUUUUAUAACUAUAUGGAUAAUCUUCCUGUACUUUGUUAGCACAGGCUCCUUACUAAAAUAGCUUUUUCAUAGAAACUAUACAUUUGUAGUCAAAUUUGAAAAACUAGGAUUUUGAUGUAAAGAACCUUAAUUUCAAAGCCAUGUUAGAUAAGGGGGAAUUUUGAUAUUUGCAGAGGAUUUAAGUGUGUUAUCACUAUGAAAUACACCAAUCUUCAGUAGCUCUAAUAUUUUCCAUGCAGUAAAUCAUUUGCUUACAUCCCUAUUCUAUAUCUGCAUCUGCCUAAAUCCUGCCACUUUGACAUUGCAGUUUCUUAAAUUUGAACUAUGAACAUUUAUCUGCUAAAAAGAAACUUACUGUGAGUGAGUGCUUUAAAGGAAAUACAUUUGAGUAAUUUGUAGGGUUACCAUAUUUCCACAAGCAAAAAAGAGGACACUGGGGGGGGGGGAGGAGCCCUGCUCUAGCCCUGCCCCCAUCCACUCCCUCCCACCCCCAGUCCUUGUCCCCUGACUGCCCCCU